AUGCCCUCGCUUUCCGAACCCCGCCGGCCGCGUCUGUUACCGCAGAACCGCAAGCUUCGUCACCUCAAGGGCCUCUCGCUGCGGAAUCUCUCGUUUGAGCCCGUGCAGCUGCGCACUGCCGACGACGUCGCUCUCAACAGGAGCCCCAACAAGCUCGGCGCGCUGAAGGAGGCCGGCCAGCUGCAUGGGUCGCGAUCGUCGGACAACUUGCGACAGGAUGCCCUGCGGCCCGAGAGAUCGAGGUCGCAGCCGCCGCGGAGGACGAGCUUGAUCGCCGCCAGCACGAGUCCCGCCCUGAAGCAUAAGCGGCUGAAAGAGCUGCUGGACGAUACCUUGGGAGACGCCUUCUUCUCGCUGCACGUCAACGGCUUCGACGAGCCUGUUUACGUUAGCGAAACACGCGAGAGAUCGGCGAACUUCAACUUCCAAUUCUUCGAACUGGCGUCCCAAGGAUCGUCCGUCUCCAGAUCGUGCCAGUUUGUGAUCCGAGUAUGGGCCAGGCGGCAGAAGCAGACAACCUGGACCUUCCUGCUGGAAGAGCUGGUUGAUCUCCGAGAGCUCAAAUUCAUUGGCACGCUGCUGAACCGCCAGUAUCCCCAGAAUGCGCUCAUCUUUCAUCUCGAGGAUGGCGUCUACUCUUUUGACUUUCCAACCAGAGAAUCCGGGCCGAGAAACGCUCCUCCCGUAGCGACUUCAUCCUAUAACGCAUUGAUGAAAUUGGCGAAUCUCGAGAGCUCCAUCGAAGAUGCCAUGCGGACUCAACAGCGAAUCAUGAAGCAGAUAAACGAUAUUCUUAAUGACUCUACAACCGAUGCGCCGGAUGUGGCUGAACAAGAGGUUGCCUUGGCUCAGAAAUAUGUUGCUAUGCAACAGCGUACGAAUAGACUUACACAAGCGAGAAGAGACGAAUUGCAGGAGUCGCUGCGCAAGCGGAGGGCUGCAAUCGCCACAGGCAGAGAACUCCAAGAAAAGGUAGACGAAGACAUUAGAAAUAAUCGUGAGACACUCAUGGCAGCCAAACAGCUGCUGGAACAGACACAGCAGCAAAUCCGUGGCCAGCGCCGUCGAAUAUGCUCCGAGCUAGCCGAUAUCUUUCCCAUUACUCCCGUACCCAACGCACCGCCUCUCUCCUUUCAAAUCUGCAACGUGCCACUACCAAACUCAACAUAUGAUGCCGCUACUGCCAGGACUCUCAACGAAGACGUUCUUUCGGCCGGCCUGGGCCUGGUCACACUGCUCACGCGCCACUUGCAACUCUAUCUGUCUCAGCCGCUCCUUUAUCCGCUAUACCACCAUGGAUCCCGCUCAUAUGCAAAAGAUGACAUCUCCCUUCUUACAGAAAAGGGCGGUUCCCGUAGGGAGUUUCCGCUCUAUCUCCCCCGAGGUGGAUCCACCGCCCUGCAAUGGCGCUUCGAAUACGCCUGGUUCCUCCUCAACAAAGACAUUGAAACGCUAUGCACUUCCCAGGGCCUCAAAGUAGUCGACAUCCGGCACACGCUCCCGAACCUCAAGUAUCUCCUCUACGUCUGCAGCGCCGGCUCGGAAGAAGUCCCCGCGCGGAAAAAGGGCGGCGUCAGGGGCCUAUGGGUCGGGAGGCUUAAGGGGAGGCUCUCGGCCGUGCCGUCCCUGCUGGAUGGGGAGGGAAGCAGUGCUGCGGGUAGCAGGCGCGGGAGCUCGGAUAGCGACCUUGCGGCGAGCCAGCAUGCCGAUGCGCUGAGGAAUGCCAUUGCCAAGAGUAAUGGGCAUGGUAAUACCAACAGCAAUGGUCAUGGCAAUGGGGGCGAUGCAGCUGAUAUGCUGCGGAGUCAUGAUGGAGACUUGGGGCUGCCGUUUGCGACUGGCGAUGUUAAGUUCUCUCUAAGGACAAAGGGCCUCCGAGAGAACAUUGCGGGGUGA